AUGUAUUCACAGUCAAGGACGCAGAUUCAACGAUUUAGGACCGGCAUCCGUUCAGCUUCCGAUCUGACACGGGCAGACCAGCUUCUCAAACUUGCCACUCAUCUGAAGCCACCAAAGUUUGCUCCAACGCUUCCGGAAAAAAUCCCGGUUCCCCAAUCGCUUGAGGAGAAAGAAACCUAUCGAAACCCAUUUGUGCGAUUCCGCUUAAAUGACGUACUGCAGGCCUCCAUACACUACCAGCUGCCUACAAAGUACCGAGAUCUGAUAAAUGUGAAGGAACCAACUCCCAGAGGCCCCAAUUUUUUAGAGACAGAUCUCGUGGAUCUGUUCUUGGCUCGCACUGGGGGCAGGCCUCCCAAAAAGUUCCUCACCAUACAGAAUCCAGAAACUCCUCCAGCCAUUACAUUCCCUCCUGAUGUGUGUGCAAAAGUUCAUAAUAUGUUUUCCAGCUACGAAACUGAUCAGAUAAUACAGCAUCUAACGACAGAGCUGAAAAGAUACUCGCAUUUUGAUAUAGUCUGCGGAAUGUUGUCUCUAAGCAAAGAUUUACCCCAGGAAAUACAGCAGAAAGUGGUCCAGCACGUUCUGAAGACGCUGGAGAUCAUAGACCAAUUGGAAACUACCGUUUUGUUCCACGAGCUUAUGAAGCUAGAAAAUUUCGACUACAUCCAACAUGCUAUCGAUAAAUUAAAUAAAUUAGAUGCCUCAGGAGACUUCCUCAGAGACGCAGCUUCCCAGCUUCAAGUAGCGCUGCUCGAAUUCUCAAUCCAGCACCAAAAGUUUCAUCUUGCUGCUCAAUUGCUCACCUAUUUGCUCCAGAAUCAACUAGUUCCAUCGCCAACUGUGCUCGAAAAGUAUACCAAACUCGUCAAAGACACCGCACUUUCUAUAAAUGCCGACUUCAGCAGCCGUAGAAUUGUUUUCAUGGCCUAUAUUGCCCCGCUUGCGCUUGCAUUACUACAUCAAACGAACACCAUCAGGAGAAAUAUAGUCCAAAAUAUUAGUUCGUGGUUGAGCAUCCCCGAACUCUUUUGGUUUCUGGAGUUCCUGAAACACACGGGCGCACCAGUCAACGGGAUAAACUCUGCUGUCAUCAGGCAGUACGGAAGACUGGCGAAUAAGCCAUCAGCUAUAGACAACGCUGUGACAUUGACCUCGUUGAUUGGCCAUCUGAGAAAGCACAAGUUUGAGCCUUUUGAUGAUAACUGCAGAAAAUUAAUUAUUUCUCUAUACUGCAAAUUCAAGUCUCCGAUUGCAGCUCAAUGGUGGAUCGACUCGCUUAAAACCCCGCUGUCUGCUGACGAAAUAUCUCAAAUCACAGAAGACCUGAAGGCCUCUUCUUUAACGGUUGACGAGAAGGAAUUUCCGUACCACGGUCAAGAACACAUAGACGCAUUCAUAGAGAACCUCUCUAACUAA